UUUGGACGUAAGAAAAAAACAUGACAGUACUGUGCCCCGGUUGGUGAGAAGCAAGAAAAAGGCAUAUCUGAAGCGAAAAAGAGGAUCUGCAGAGUGAUGGGAUUGCGGCGGCUGUUGGAGUUUUGUCACCGUUUCCGUUCUAUUACUGCCUCUGGAUUUGGCCACAGUCAUGGGUGGACUUGUGUGGCAGAGCCCGAGACCCAUCUAAGGUUAUGGCUUAGGGUUUAUCAGCUACUUGGUGAGGCUGGCACAUACUACGGUGUACGCUUUGGAAAAACUAUUCCCUGGGUAACUGAAUUCCCUUUUGGUGUCAUCAAAGAUCCUCAGUACGUUGGCAGCAUUAUGAGUCUUCUUGCAUGCUUCUUGUGGGUUCCUUUUCAAUACAUUCUCCUUUGGGUAUUAGGAUAUGUGUUUAUGAUGCAUGUGGAAUCAAAGGAAGAUCCAUCUACUCGUGCCAAACCACUCCAUUGAUUGAAUUUCCGUAGAUUAGAAAGAACUUGAGGAUUUAGCAGCACCUGAGGUGCCAAAUUCUUUGUAUGUUGCUGUUUCUUUCCUCUGCUCUGGAAUGAUCAUCUCUAUUUAUAUGUUCUGAUUCCAGCAAAUUAUUUCUAAUGAACUGCGAACUUAUUUCUGUUUCUCAUGACGUGUGUAUUUCAAACAUGUCAAAGCCAUAGCUGAUUAAUUUAAUGAAUGCAAUGUCUCACCUUUGAUAAUGA